AGGCUCGCUGGGCUAGUUGCACCGCCGGGGCAGCUGUUCGGCUUUCCUCCGCCGCCGCCAGUGCCUGCAUCCCGCAGCCCUUUCCUCCUCCUCCUCCUCCUCCUCCUCCUCCAGCCGGGACCAUGAACGCCUCGCUGGGGAAUCAGACCGAGGUGGCGGGGCUCUUCCUGGCCAACAGCAGCGACUCGUUGGAGCGGGCGAUCCGAUCCUUCACGCCGAGGUCGGUGGUGACCGACGACGGCUUCGUGGUGACCGCCCCGGACGAGAGGAGCCUCUACAUCAUGCGGGUGGUGCAGAUCGCCGUCAUGUGCGUCCUCUCCCUCACCGUCGUCUUCGGCAUCUUCUUCCUGGGCUGCAACCUGCUCAUCAAGUCCGAGGGCAUGAUCAACUUUCUGGUGAAGGACAGGAGGCCGUCCAAAGAGGUGGAGGCGGUGGUGGUGGGACCUUACUGACCCCCCUGCCUCCCCCCCCCCCGCGCCCCGCCCGAAAGUCAAAACGGUCCGAUGAACCGCGCCGACCGCUGCCAGGACUGGAAGAAGUGGCCGUUGUUGCCUUUAUUGGAACGCCUUCCUCCCUCCCCUCCGCAAGAAGGACCCGUGGUGGUGGUGGGGGGGGGGACUGUGCCCGAUCGCAAGAAGGAGGCAGCUGUCCUAAGUAGGAAGCCCAGGGCUUUUACUGGGCAGGACACAGUGGCCCCCGUUUCUUCUGCACGGCUGAUGGCGAGGAGAGAGAAAGGGGAGCGGGGCAGAGGAAGCGAGGGGGAAGCUGAAGAGGACACCACGUUGAUUGUAAAAACCAUCCAACUCUCUUAAGACGUUCUCCUUCAGCAGAUGGAGAGAUGGGCAAAGCAUGUUUUCGAUACCUCCGGUUGUGGUGCUUGGGGCGGGGGCAGGCAGGAUGGUCCUGGGGCCACUUUGCAGCUUGCUGUCUUUAACAAAAAUAAAAAUAAAAAAAUACCAGUGCCAAUGUGUGAAUCUUGAAAUGGUUUUCAAGUCGUCUUUCUACUGUCGCUGCCUCCUUUUAACAAUUGUAUUGCCGUCGGGGUCCAGUUUGUAUUUUGUACCUAUCACUUCUUGACGCUUCUCUGCUGCUGAAAAUGCCAGCAGGCUUGAAUGCUACACCUGUGGCUUUAUAAAUUGCUUCCGUUUACACAGCCAGGGGGGAGAAAAGUGCUCUGAUGGUGACAGUUUUUUCUUAUUUAAUUUGCUUUAAUAAAAUAUAUCUGAAACUC